AUGUCGGCAUCAAACAAUGAAUUUCCAACUGAUGAACAAAGCUCAAUCAAGGAUCCUGGUUCUGAACAUCAAAUCUCGGCCCACGGUUCCGGUUAUGUCUCGACUGAGGACCCCGGUUCCGUUGGUCUCGGUUUGACCAAGGAUCGCACUUCUGGUCAAAGCUCAAUCAUAACCCACAAUUCUGCUAUAGGUCAAGACUCGACCGAAGAUCACGGUUUCCUGAGUCAGGACUCGGCCGAGGGCCGUGACCGUAGUUUCCCGACUACGGCUUGCCUCGAAGGACUGGUCCGGACGGAUGGUCACGGUCGACAGCUGGUCCUGUUGGACGGCAACACGGUUUACUGGCGUGGACAUCAGUCUAUGACUACCGGAAGCGGCCGCGUUAAGGUGAUGGCCGGUCACCGUGGUGGCCAUUACCCCGCGUUCGCACGUUACGUGGGCGCUGGCAUGUUGGACGCAGCUGUUGCUGGACCGGACUUCGGUCGACAUCCGAGCGCCAGCCACGUACUGACGGCCAUCCGGGAGCUGGACGACCGCUGCGGGGUACUGGUUCUGGUGGCCAGCGAGACGGCGGCCAUCCUCAACUACGGCAUCGCAGCCCAAAAGGCCCGAUCUCAGGGCAUUGUUGUCAAACUAGUGGUGGUCGGUGAUGAUGUUAUCCGAAGUCGGUCGACGACUGGUGUUCGGCGACGGGGUUCUGCUGGCAUAGUACUGAUAUGCAAAAUUGCUGGAGCUCUGGCUGCCGGCGGCCACAGCCUGGCUAAAAUUUUUGCCGUAUGUCAGCGCCUGUCUAUGGACCGUGUGGCCACUGUAAACGCAGUGAUUGGUUUAAGAAAGCGGAAGUACAGCGAAGAUACUAGCACUGAAUGUGAAGAAAAGGUGUUGUUGCUGGGCACAGACGCGAACGGCAGGCACGAGACUCGGACCGUGCGGACGACGGAUCUCAAGGCGAUGGUGUCUGCCACGUUGAACUUACUAACAGACGAUGACCAGCACAUCAUGCGCCGUUGGAGGGAUACCGACAUCGUGGCCAUGAUCAACAACAUGGGUGGCAUGUCAGACGCGCAAUUCAUGGGUAUCGUGGCCGAGGUGACCAGUCUUCUCGGUGCGGCCACUGGCGCCCGCGCAGUACACCGGUGGUACACCGGCCGGAUGUUGACGUCGUCAAGCGACACAGGCGAUGGGUUCUCCGUGACCGUGAUGGACAUUGGCGCCGCGGCCAGAGGUUCGGCCACCGCCGAUGGCCGUGUGUACGACGGCCUUUGCUACUCACUGAUAGCUUGUCUGGACCUUCCUGUAUCCGCUUCCGGUUGGACGUUUGCUGGCCUAGACGGACGUCUCGACCUGGCCCAGCAUCCCACUCCCGAAUAUGUCCGGCGCCACCGCCGCUGCCCCUGCGAUCUCCUAACGGGUGGAAAUGGCCGCGGUCGAGCCGACGACAACUACGACCUUGACGAAGAUGACGAAGACGACGAUGCUCCUCCUAGCGCGACUAUACCCGAAGACCAAGUGCCGUUCGUAACGGACAUUUUGAUUCACGUGUGCAAUCGGAUUAGCGAGGAGGAAGGCCGGAUGAACGCAAUGGACAAAACAGACGACGGUGACUGCGGAAGCAACUGGAGCCGCGGUGCCGAUGCGGUGAAAGCGGCCGUGACUGCGGGCCACGUGAACGUGGCCAGCCCCGCAGACACACUGCGCUCGAUCAGCCGGCUGCUUGAGACCCGCGUGGCCGGCACUUUGGGCACGCUAUUGUCCGUCUUGUUCCGGUCAUUUUCACUGGCAUUUACCAAACAUUCCUGUCGUGCGACCCUCGGACCGGCCAUGUGGGUAGACGGUCUACGCCGUGGUGUGGCCGCUGUCGAGGCAUACGGCAUGCUUCAACCCGGCGACAGGACUAUGUUGGAUGCACUCGUUCCGGCCGUCCGUGGUAUGGAGGACGUCUUGCGCAAGUCUAAAAACCCGGUCUAUCUACUCAACAGAGCUGUUAAAGAAGCGGACGACGGAUGCAAACUGACCGAGCACAUGAUUCCUCAAGGGGAGAACGACGAUGGCGGCUGUGGCCUACGGACCUCAAGUUGUAAUGCCGACGCAGGCGCGUACGGCGUGAAAAUCGUGUUGGCAGCGAUACUGGAAAAGUACACCAAACAAUCGGAUGCCGCGAUGACGACGGCAACAAAUUGUAUAUGUCAGACCCCGACGUGAUAUUCGCCGACGAUUGAUAUCAUAUUAUGUAAUAAACUGUGUUGUUUCUGCAAUAAGAGUGCGUAGAAAUAACAAUGUGUCGAGAGAGGGUCGGAGCGUGCCGAAAAGACGUCGUGAUCCCGUCGGUACCAUUUCCACAUUACCUAUUCGAUAACAACAGCUGCUUCUCUUCGAGAACUGCGCAACUCAUACCUCGUUUUUCUGGAAUGUCUUUCUCACCAUGGUCAGGGAAUCGUGUUUUCUGUUUUUAUCCAUUACAUUCAUCGGGUUAGAUCUACUUGUAAAAGGACAGCUGAAAGAGGAGUAAGGAAAAUCAAAACAAAACAAACACAUCAUUAAUAUUUUCAUAUUUCAUAUAAUUUAUUUAUUCAUUUUUCCUAGUCGAUUAUAUUAACUUUUACAAUAUUAUACUAAUUACGUUAUUAAUUUAAACUUAAUUCAUUCAAAAGAUGGGUAACUUCAAACAACAUUUCGCCGAGGCGCGCGACGAAAACGCUUCUCCAGGGCCUUACAGACUAAAGAACAACACCGUUUUACACAGCAUGUAGUAAUAAGACAAAACCAAAUUUCAAUAUUAGCUACUAUAAAAAAAAAACUAAUUACAA